CAUUGUUUAAGACAUCGCCAGCUCUCAUUCGAGUGUUUCCUUCGGUAGUGAAGAUAAUUUGCACAGUGCAGUACGUUGUUUUUGUGAUGAGCGAUACACUUUAAGGGCCGUAAAUAGCAGUGCAUCCUUUGAUAGCCAGUGAGGUUAUGUUGGCGCGUUUUUUGACGGCUCUGGUGGAAUAGCGAAACACGAAUUACAGGCCAACCAAAGGUAAAAACUACUUACCCCAAAAGAAACAGCAUUAACGGAGCGCUUCGUUGCUGCCAGUGCAACGGUGGUGGAAACUGAAUAGUCGGAACAAUGUUUGGUGCCAAGCCCGGCGGUUUUGGCCAACCGGCCACCAACACUGGCUUCGGAACGUUCGGGACCAACACGGCGACGGCAAGCCCGUUCGGGCAAACGACCGCCUUCAGCAAGCCAGCGACGGGAGCCUUCGGUGCUACACCGGCCUUUGGCCAGCAACCGACAACGUCGCUCUUCGGCCAAACGCAGCCCACGGGUGGAUUGUUCGGGGCCAGCACCACAACGGCUCCGGCCUUCGGUGCAGCGGCAACAACGCAACCUGGGUUUGGUGCCUUUGGUCAAACACAACCACAAGCACCGUCGCUGUUCGGUACGCAAAACAAUACCGCGGCCAAUACGUCCCUGUUCGGAAACAACAACAACACAUCGUUCGGAGCACCGAAACCGGCCGGAUUCGGUGGGUUUGGCCAACCGGCCACCCAAACGACAUCACUGUUUGGCCAGUCGAGCACGAACAAUACGGCCACGACGGGUUUCUUCGGCCAGAACACACAACCGGCAGGUGGUAGCAGUUUGUUCGGUGCGGCAAAGCCAGCCUUCGGCGCGGCAGCUCCAGUUGUCGGUGGUGGCAAUGGUACGGCCGUGGUAAAGUACCAGCAGACGCACGGCACCGACACGCUGGUGAAGAAUGGCCAAACGACGACGGUCAACACGAAGCAGCACUGCAUCACGUUCAUGAAGGACUACGAGAACAAGUCAGUCGAGGAACUGCGUUUCGAGGACUACGCCGCCAACCGGAAAGGGCCGCAGGCGGGUGGUGGUGGACUGUUUGGCGGUGGUGUCGCAACAACCAGUCUGUUCGGUGGUACGGCCGGUCAGCAGCAACCAACCGGACUGUUUGGUCAGAAUCAGCAACAGCAGACCCCAGCAGGUGGCCUGUUUGGAACGUCGACCAACACGUUCGGUGCCACUACGACACCGGCGUUCGGUACGACAGCCGGGAGCACGUUUAACAAACCUUUUGGAAGCAAUCCGGUAGCAACAUCAGCUCCCGGGUUCGGUUUUGCCCAAUCGACCACUUCCACGUUGGGUGGAGGUUUGGGAGUGAACAAACCGGCUUUCGGCGCAACCGGAACCACGACAGGGUUGUUCGGUCAAAGUGCCACUCCGGCUACGAGCACCUUCGGUCAGACGCCAGUGUUUGGUGGAUUUGGAACGCAGAAUGCAGGAGCACAGCAGCAGCAGCAGGGAGGACUUUUCUCAGGUGCCGGGACCGGAACACAGGGAACUGGUGCAUUUGGCACGCUCGGUGCUACGGGGCAGCAGUCAAGUUUCAGCUUUGGUAACAACACACAAACCAGCGCCGCCGGGUCGACACUGUUCGGAGCGAAACCGACCAACACGUUCGGCACCCUCGGCGGAACCACGUUCGGCCAGGGCGCUACAUCCACCGCGCCCACUUUUGGCCUCGGAACGAACACAAGCGUUGCCGGUGGGGUCGGUGGUACUUCGUUCUUCGGUAGCACGUUCAACAAACCGGCAGCUCCAACGUUUGGUCUCGGAACGAACACUUCCACGGGUACACUAGGUGGUACGGCGGGCGGAGGUCUCACGUUUGGUACCGGGUCGACUUCCCUGUUCGGCAACACCAACAACAAACCUGGUGGUCUCGGUACCGGCACGGGUCUGUUCGGCAACACGUCCACCCUAGGCGGCACGGGUGGGGGAGCGUUUGGUACGAUGGGUGGCAUGGGUGGUACGUUCGGUACUGGCACAUCUGGCGGCCUAGGAAUGGGCACUCUUGGCGGAGGAAUGAUGGGUGGUGGAGCGAUGGGUACGGCCGGCGGUCAACAACCCGUUCCGAUCCACCAGCAGAUCCUGGCGAUGGCCACCUCGCCGUACGGUGACAAUCCUAUCUUCAAGGGCAUCAAGCCACUGGUCGGCCCGUCGGAAGACUCGCUGAAACCAACGAACCCAUCGUUCCAGAAGGCGGUCCUGGAGGGAUCCAACUACCAGCUCAAGGUAUCGUCCCGCUCCGGGGGCACCGAUCGCGUCAAGGUGAAACCGCUCGGUGCGGCACAGCUGAAGAAAUCCAUCUUCGAGGGCCUGGAAGAGUACGACAGUACACUCGAGGACAGCUUCACGCUCAAACCGAACGCAAAACGAUUGAUUAUCAAGCCGCGCUCAACCAAACCGACCAUCGUCAUCCCGGAGAAGGCUCCCAACCAGUCCCAGGCAUCAGUCACAACCCCAACGCGCUCUCCCACAACCGGUGGCAGCGUCCUUGGGGAAUCGUUCCAAAAUCAGAUUCCACUUCAUCUGACCGACAGUGCCGGCGGAGGUAGGCAGCAGCAGCAAGGAUCGAUCGAUAGCAGCCGCCGCGUGUCCUGGCUCCAGUCGAACGUCCUGGACAAGGUACGCCAACAGCAGCAGCAGCAGCUGCAACAGGAUAGUAACAAUCCCCGGCUCUCGGAGUCGGUUCUCGACAACACGCUCAAGGAUUUUGCUGCAUCCGCAAAUAGCCGAAGCGACCUAGCAUCGUCGCCGGGUAGCAUCAUUCGAGAAGAAUCCGACGAAGCCGAAGACAACAGUAAGAGUGGUAACGGAUCGAAGGGAACGGCCGGCAAAGAUGGCACCGGCAACACGUCACCCACGAUGGGUAACCAAACGGUGAAUGAUAGUUUCAUCUCCAACCGUUCGUUCCUGAACGAAACGAGCAUGAUCGGAGGUGGUAUCGGAACGGAUCUGUCCACCUCGGUCGCGCCGCUCUCCGAGGAAGCUGAGCCGCAUCCGACGGGAAUUGUGUUGCGUCGUGCCGGAUACUACACAAUACCGUCUUUGGAUGAGAUCGCCCAGUUAAUGGAUGAGGAUGGGCGUUGCGUGGUGCCAAACUUCACCAUCGGUCGCAAGGGUUACGGUAACGUGUACUUCAACGAACCAAUCGACGUUGCCGGACUCAAUCUGGACGAGAUCGUCCACUUCCGCCACAAGGAGGUAAUCAUCUAUCCGGAUGACGAGAACAAACCGCCGGUCGGCAGCGGACUCAACCGCAAGGCGCAGAUUACGCUCGAUCAGGUGUGGCCACACGACAAAACCCUGCACGAACCGAUCAAGGAUCCCCAACGGUUAGCCCUGCUCGAUUACGAGGCGAAGCUGCGACGCGUCUGCGACAAACACGACACGCGUUUCCUCGAGUACCGGCCCGCCACCGGAAGCUGGGUGUUUAAGGUGGAACAUUUCUCCAAGUACGGUCUGAGCGAUAGCGAAGACGAGGAAGGUGGUGAACCGGUGGAUCCGAAGAAGCUAAAGAUAAUGCCGAUGGCGGGUGGCGGCCAAUUGCUGCAACAGAAAAAGGUACAGUUGCUGAAAACGCCCACACAAAUCCCGGCUGCGUCGAUUGGGCAGGCAAAGGACACCGGCGGUGAGCAGGUGACUCCACGAACAGAUCGAGAGGGAAACGUUGACAUUGGUGAUGGCACCGGCGUCGGAUUCAACACAUUUGAUGAGUUUUUUGGGGACGAGAAUAUGAACUUCAACUCGCCGGGAGGCGGCCACAGGGACACACCGACCAGCCCAACCGCAGCGAUCGCCUUGGAGAUGGGAACGGACCCGCACAAGAUUCAGCUGAUGAAGGCGUCCUUCUUCGCGGACGACGAGUUUGACCGCCGCUCGAUGACGUCCGAAUUCGGUGGUCACAGCGAGGGACGUGACAGCCCGGAUCAGAUGGUCCCCACCGGGGGUCGUCCGAUUGGUGGAUUGCUACUGCAAAGUCUGUACGGCAGCAGCAAACCGUUGGCGCCGGUGGCGCGCAGACCUCUCGCAGCGGCGGAACCUCGCGGCGGACUACUGAAGAUGGAUGGAUCGGUAGUGUCGAUUGGAGGGUCCGGUUUUACACCGGGCAGGCUGCUGAAAUCGUCCACCGUCAAGAGCGUGCACGGUGGGUCAACGCUGAGCCUGACGUCCGUCAGGACUCCGCUGAAGCAACCGCCAACGAUCUCCGGUACAAAAACGGUCGCCUUACCACCAAUCCCGCGACCGAUGGGACCACAGGCCUUGCCGCUGGUAGUGAAGCGGGUCCAGGAAAAGCGCUCAUCGCUCAACAUGGUGAUUCCGUUGUCCAGAUUACUCCCCACUAGCGUCUUGUACGGGAUGCAGGCUGAUCUGACGUGCUUCCAUGGGCGCAAGUUUAAGAUCGGCUGGUCGCACGGAACGCUCAUGGUGCAGCUGAACACGCGUGACAAUUGCACUGAACUGGUCCGCGAGCGGGAAGCCGUGGCACGCAAAAUUUCACCAGCGGUCGCUCUCAGCAUGGAUGCGGUGAAACCUUUCUUCCGCGGACGAGCCAAUCACGACUUCUCGCCGGCGGCCCUGCAGCUGUUGCGCAUCCAGUCCACCGCCGAAACGGUAACGAUGACCGAUGCCGAGUUUGCCCGCUCGAUCGACGGACACCUGCGCAUUCAGUUUCACUACGACGAGCGUCGCGCGGCACGGGAGAGUGACUGUCCGCAGCUGGUCGCGGGUGGCAAGCAUUCCGCCCUGGAAGAGCAUGCGGAACAUGCGCGCGCUUUGUACGAAACCACCGGCGAUCAGUACGACGAGCUGUGUGCGAACGUUUGGACACUGCUGGUCGCACUGUGGGGCGUCCGCGAGGAGCUGGAAGACGUCGACGAAGCGUCCCACCAGAGCACGAUGUUCCGGCGCGAUCUGCUUUCGGAAUGGGUCGAGCGCGUGGUGACGGAACAGUCGCAACGAGAGGUUCAGCUUGCGGAGAAACGGGACUAUCUCGAUCAGCUGCUGGGCCUGCUCAUGACGCACAAAGUGCUGGAGGCGUGCGAGCUGGCGUUCGAGAACGGUGACAUCAGUCUGUCGAUGCUACUGGCACAAAUUUCCGGUGGCCCGAUCGUACGCCACCUCUUGCAGCAUCAACUUAGCAGCUGGCAGCAUUCGCAGACGGACCGCUUCAUCGAUUCGCGCCGUUUGAAGGUAUUUAUGGCGAUUGCGGGCAUGCCGCUGCUGGUAUCAUCGACCGACCGAGCCAUCAACCUGUUCGAGGAUGCCGAGUGGUUGCGUGUGUUUGCCCUGCACCUGUGGUACCUCUCGAAGCCGACCGCCUCGAUUCCGGACACCCUGUUUGACUACGAGGAUUCGUUCCGUUCGAAAGAUUACUUCGCACAAUCACCGGAACCACCGUACCGGGUGCGCUAUCCGGCACCAAAGGAUCGUCCGGUGUACGAUUUGCGCUAUCACUUGCUGAAGCUCUACUCCAAGCGUAGCCACCCGCUGGAACCCCUGCUUAAUCCGGCCUCGCACACAUCCGACCCGAUCGACUACCGGCUCAGCUGGCUUCUGCUGCAGGAACUCGAAACACUCGGCUAUCGACACUGUUCGGAGUAUGCACGUGCCCGCCUACAUACCGCUUUCGCGGCUCAACUCGAAAGCCAUGGCCUGUGGCACUGGGCCAUCUACGUACUGCUCCAUCUGAACGAUCAGCCCCAGCGGGAGCUGGCCGUCCAACAACUGCUCUACCGGCACGUGCAGCUCCUGGCGGACGGUGCGGACGAUGAACAGCAGCUCGAGACGGAGGACCAGGAGGACUACUAUGCGUGCGAGCGUUUCAUCGUCGACGAGCUGGGUAUCCCCGAGAAGUGGAUCUACUGGGCAAAGGCAGUCCGGGCGGGUUCGAUUUUCGACUACCGGCGGCAGGCUCACUACCUCCUGCAGGCCAAACAGUGGUCCCUGGCACACGAGACCAUUCUGCUCCAUUUGGCCCCGGCGAUGGUGAUGAACGAUAAAACGGAACAACUCAUGGAAAUGCUGCACACCAUCGAGGACGUCAAACAAAUUCCUAGCUGGUCCACUAAGGGUCAGAUAUUAGUCGACUUUAUGGAGCUGAACCAGAAGUUCGAGUUGCUCAAGGACACGACCGAUCGCGAGCUGAUGGAUCAGCGAUUGGAAGCCUUGAAGCCGAAGCUGUCCGACCUGUGCUCGGUGAUCAAACUUUUCCCGUGCCCUACACCGAGCCACACGCUGCUGCAGAGUGAAAUUGCGAAGCGGCUCGUCUACCUGAUACGGACGUACUACGCGACCGAUCCGCGGAUCAGUGGCAGCGCGUUGAUGCGCAACGCCCUCGAACGUUUGCCGCUGGCGGACGACAGUCUGUUGAGCGAGCUGACCCACAUGCUAGAGAUGUUCAUGAACGAGGAGCUGCGUCAGUAGGCGGAGAGGUGCGGAGAAGGGAGUCUGCGUACACGAAAAGACAAACGACGGUAAACCGCAGUUUUUUUGGCAUAAAUGUUCUCUAUUUGGUAUGAAUGUUUCGAGUCGAAGCUUGGGAGAGCGAAACCAAAAUCACUUGUCACUUGUUUUUGUUACUUUGAGGAAGUCAAAAAAAACCAUUUAAAAUUAAUUAAGGACUUCCUCUUAUAAAUUAUGUAUUGUUCGUUUUUUUUUCGAAAGGGUACCGCUUUCUGUCUCUGCCGUUACAAUUUUGUAAGUGACUAUUAUAAUUUACUUUGCUGUAAGAUUAUGUAAUUAAAUAAUGGAAAUAAAUUUGGUCACAUUUUUGUGCAUCUA